AUGAAGAGCCAAAUCCCUGUGGUGCUCCUGGCCUGUGGCUCCUUCAACCCCAUCACCAACAUGCACUUGCGCUUGUUUGAGGUGGCCAGAGACCACCUUCACCAAACAGGUCAGUACCAGGUGAUCGGGGGUAUCAUCUCUCCUGUCAAUGACAACUAUGGGAAGAAAGACCUUGUGCCUGCCCGGCACCGUGUGGCCAUGGCCCGGCUGGCCCUGCAGACGUCCGACUGGAUCCGGGUGGACUCCUGGGAGAGCGAGCAGGCACAGUGGAUGGAGACAAUCAAGGUGCUGAGGCAUCAUCACAGCGAACUGCUCAGAUCUCUGCCCCAGAUGGAAGACCCAGACCAAGGCAGUGCCAGCUCCCCCACCUCCACAGCUGUGCCUGAGCUGAAGCUCCUCUGCGGGGCAGAUAUCCUCAAGACCUUCCAGACCCCCAACCUCUGGAAAGACACACACAUCCAGGAAAUAGUGGAGAAGUUUGGCUUGGUGUGUGUGACCCGAGCAGGGCAUGACCCUAAGGGAUAUGUCUUGGACUCACCCAUCCUGCAUAGAUACCAGGACAAGAUCCACCUGGCCAGGGAGCCGGUGCAGAAUGAGAUCAGCGCCACAUACGUCAGGUGGGCCUUGAGCCGGGGGCAGAGCGUGAAGUACCUGCUCCCAGAUGCUGUCAUCUCCUACAUCAGGGAACACGACCUCUACCUCAGGGAUGCCAGCCCAGAGAGGAAUGAAGGCUUGCCAACCCAGGGAGGAAUAAUGGAGGCAGAAGAUAGGAUAGGUGAGGUAGAAGAUAAAAUGGUGGAAAUAAAUGAAGCAGAGAGGAAAAAAGAAUCAAAAGAAAUGAGGACAACCUCAGGGACCUCUGGGACAAUUCGUCCCUCCGAAAUGCCGGUCGACUUCACCGGCUACUGGAAGAUGCUGACCAACGAGAACUUCGAGGAGUACUUGCGGGCGCUGGAUGUCAAUGUGGCCUUGCGCAAAAUCGCCAACUUGCUGAAGCCAGACAAAGAGAUCGUGCAGGAAGGCGACCACAUGAUCAUCCGCACGCUGAGCACUUUUAGGAACUACAUCAUGGACUUCCAGGUUGGGAAAGAGUUUGAGGAGGAUCUGACGGGCAUAGACGACCGCAAGUGCAUGACCACGGUGAGCUGGGAUGGGGACAAGCUCGAGUGUGUGCAGAAGGGCGAGAAGGAGGGACGUGGCUGGACCCAGUGGAUUGAGGGUGACGAGCUGCACCUGGAGAUGAGAGUGGAGGGUGUGGUCUGCAAGCAAGUAUUCAAAAAGGUGAACUGA